GAGUUUAUUGUUGUUGGAGUAAAAGCAGAUGAGCACCAUUGCUUCAAGACAGGUCACGUGGUUUAGCCGGCAAAACAGCCCAACUAAGUGCACACAUAAUCACGUGAAUCAAUGUCAAAAACGCAACCAAGCUAAAAGUAAGUUUGUAUGUUGUAAGAUCAAGUCAAUUCCAACACAAUCAAUAUAUUAUCAUCAUCAACAUCAUCAUCAUCGUCGUCGUAGUCGUCGUCAUCCCGGCAUUCAUCAGACAAGUGUUUAAACUCUCAAAAAAAAUAAAAAUAAUAAAUAAAUUUAUUUAUACAAUUGUUCUGAUAAAAUUAAUUCAACAAAUUAAUUAUAUUUCAAGUUAUUAUUAUUAUUAUUGAGUUGUUAUUAUCUUUUUUUUAAUUAUUAAAUUGAUAAAUAAUUAAAUAUCAAAAUGACACUUGAGGCAAUCAAAUGGGAAAAUGGAAAACUUGAAAUACUUGAUCAAAUAUUAUUACCAGCAAUAACAAGAUAUGUACCUGUACGUGGUGUUGAGGAUGGUUGGAAGGUCAUCAACAAAAUGCAGGUACGUGGUGCACCAGCAAUAGCAAUUGUUGGAUGUUUAAGUCUUGCUGUUGAGUUACAAAAUGAAAAAUUACAAGAUAAAAGUAGUUUGAGAAGAGAAAUUGAAGGAAAAUUAAAUUAUUUAGUAUCAGCAAGACCAACAGCUGUUAAUAUUAAAAUUGCUGCUGAAGAAUUAAUUUCAUUGGCAAAUAAAUUAAGUAAAGAUGAUUCAAUAACAAUAAGUGAAAUGAACAAAAAAUUUUUGGAAGUCAUUGAUUUGAUGUUAAUAAAAGAUAUAUCGGAUAACAAAGCAAUUGGUGAUUAUGGUGCAAAUGAGAUACUUAAAAAAAUACCAGAUGAUAAUUUGGUACGUGUUGUAACACAUUGUAAUACUGGUACACUUGCAACUGCUGGUUAUGGUACUGCAUUGGGUGUUGUUAGAUCAUUACAUAAAAAAAAACGUCUUGAACAAGUUUAUUGUACUGAAACAAGACCAUAUAAUCAAGGUGCAAGAUUAACAGCAUAUGAAUUGGUACAUGAAAAAAUACCAGGUACACUUAUUUGUGAUGACAUGGUUGCUGCACUUAUGAAAUCAAGAAGAAUAUCAGCUGUUGUUGUUGGUGCUGAUAGAGUUGCUGCAAAUGGUGAUACAGCUAAUAAAAUUGGCACAUAUCAGAUUGCUAUUGUUGCAAAACAUCAUGGUGUACCAUUUUACAUAGCAGCACCACAAACAUCAAUUGAUUUUUCAAUAUCAAGUGGUGAACAUAUACCAAUUGAAGAAAGACCAGAUCGUGAAAUGACACAUUUAAAUGAUCAACGUAUUGCUGCUGCUGGUAUACAAUGUUGGAAUCCAGCAUUUGAUGUUACACCAGCAAAUUUAAUAACUGGUAUUAUAACUGAAGUUGGUGUUUACAGGCCUGAAGAUUUAAUUAAACUUCAAUCAACAUCAUAAUUAGAUUUAUUAUUAUAUAUUAAAAACAUAUUUAUCAUUAAUCAAUUAUUGUCUUUAUUUUAAUUUCAAUUUUAAUGUUAAUUGCAUAAUUAUUUUAACUCAUUAACAAGACAGAUGAAGCUAUUAUUCAAAUCUAUAAUGAUACUUUUUUCUUUUUGUUUGCAUAUUUAUAAAUUACUUCUUUUUUUUUUUUUUUAAUCUCAGUUUGAAGCUAUCAGUUGAUUGCAAAUAUACAUUUUACAUUGAGACAAAAAUAAUAAAAAAAAAAAAAUGAUUAAU